UCGUGGGCUGGAAACAUUCGUACUAUUUGUAGGUUAGUUUGUAGUGUUUGUAUCACAAUACUAGUAGGACUUAUGCGACCACGAAAAUGAGUGAUACGGAAGGAAGUGAGAAUUUAUACGAUAGCGAUCAGGAAGUUGCCAAAGAUCAUGCGAAACUUAUCAAGGCUGUGACGCAGCUCGAUAAGAGGCAAAGAGUGAAGAAAGCAGAACGUAGUGAGCCUAGUUUAGAAGUAUCGGAGUAUCAUCUUGUGAAAAGCGGAGUAACAAACAAGGAUACGAUACAUGUGAAGGAUCUGAUCAAAUCGUUGGAGCGAAAAGGGGAUCAGAGCAAUCUCACCAAGAAACUUCGAUACAUUCAGCAAAAGAACAAAGUUCUUUCUAAACCAUUGGAGAAACCAGCAGCUGAAAGAAUAAAAAGGACAGUUGGUUAUGAGAAGGUUAAAAAUGAAUUGCAAAAAUGGGACAGUGUAGUAACCAGGAACAGGACAGCAGAACAGCUAUCCUUCCCAUUGAAACGUUUAGCACCAAUAAAGGAUUCUCGCACUUCAAAAAUUCCUGAAUUUCUAAGAGGAUUCAGUACGAAAUCUGAUUUAAUGAAGAAGUUUGAGGAGCUGGAUCCAGCAUUGCUGUAUCCUGCUGACAAAGAAGAGGAGAAAGGCAAUAAAUACAAAAUGACACUGGAAGAGGUAAUUUUGAGGAGGAAGGAAGCUGCCAGACUCAGGGCACAACAGUCAUACAAAGAGGCGAAAGCGCAUCGUCAGCGUAAGAUAAAGAGCAAGAAGUUCCAUCGCAUUCAGCGGAAGGAUAAAAUCAAGCAGCAAUUAAAGGAUUUUGAAAAAUUAAAAGAUAGUAAUCCAGAAGAAGCUCUGGUAAAGUUGGCACAGUUAGACAAAACUCGUGCUGAAGAGAGAAUGUCAUUAAGGCAUAAAAACACGGGCCAGUGGGCUAGGAAUAAACAGAUUAAAGCCAAAUAUAAUAAGGAAACACGACAAAUACUUACUGAACAAUUGGCCAUUAGUAAAGAAUUGACGCAAAAAGUUAGGAGAACAGACAGUGAUGAAUCUGAGGAAGAUGAAGAAAAUGUAGAAGAUGUGGAAGAUAAAGAAUAUGAAGAAGAUAAAGAAGAUGAGACAUCACUAAAUGAUAAGGAAAGCAACAUAAAAACUGAAUCCGAAAUUGAAGACUUUAUUAAGCUUUGUCGGAAAUUCUACAAUAAAAAACAGCAGACGAAAGGAGAGAAGACAAAAAAAGAUGAAACUUUGAAUGAAAUCAUGCCGGAAAAGAAAAAAGAGACAUAUCACACUAAAAAGAGUAGUACUUUACAAGUAAGUACAAACGAUACAAAAAAUAAACUCUGCAACAAUGAGAAAAAUAGUACUUUGCAAGCAAAUGCAAAUGAUACAAAGAGUAAAUUACACGGCAAUGAGAAAAGCAGUUCUCUACGAAAAAACAAACGUAAUACAAAAAACAAACGUAAUGAAUUGGAGGAAACCACUUCCAGGGAAAAUGUACAUGAAUUGGAGGAAACCACUUCCAGGGAAAAUGUACAUGAAUUGAAGGAAACCACUUCCAGGGAAAAUGCACAUGAAUUGGAGGAAACCACUUCCAGGGAAAAUGUACAUGAGGAAAGCAAUUUGACGAGUUUAAAGAAAAUAGCAAAUACGAUACAGGAACCGGCUGGCACUAGUAAUGAAAUGGAGAUAGAUCCGAAAAAAUAUGUCAAUAUAAAGCCUAAACACUUAAAGACGCAACUGCCAGAUGUGGCUACAGCCGGGGAUGAUGAUAGCGAACAGGAAGAGGAAACGCAUAGAAUAAUGAGUGAGGCAUUUGCGGACGACGAUGUUGUUGAAGAAUUUAGGAAAGAAAAGGAAGAGGAGAUGAAAAAAUCGCAGCCGCAGAAUAUUGAUUUGAGUCUACCCGGAUGGGGAAGCUGGGGUGGACCAAACAUCAAGAAGAGUAAAGCGGCUCGUAAGAAGAGCCGAUUUAUAUUGAAUGUUCCCAAGCAAAUGCCACGUAAACCCGAAAAUCAGGGUAAUGUCAUAGUAUUCGAACAUGAAAACGAGAAAUUGAAGAAACAUCUCGUCAAAGAGUUACCCUAUCCGUUUACCAGAGUUAAGGACUUUGAAGCGACCAUCAGAGCCCCCAUCAGUAGGACCUUCGUCCCAAUGAACGCUCAUGUGCGACUCAUUCAGCCGGCAGUAAAGACCAAACUUGGACAAGUAAUCGAGCCAAUGGACGAGAAUGAGUUGGUGAAAGAACAACCAAUGGUGAAAAAACCAUUAAAGCGAAUCAAGAUGAAGAAUGAUAAGAAGAAUAAUAUUGUAAAGAACCAUAAUAAAAAGAGAUGUAAACAGGAUGCACAAAAUACAUGA